AUGAUGGCACUUACCAACGCUAGGGUCGCCUUCUCGUACAGCGAUGCGUCUGGAUUCCGGGCCGGAUACGCUUCAUACAAUGGCCAAUGGUACAUUACCUGGCCAAUUGGCCAAGACGCCGUCGUGCAGUUCUCACCUCAUGACUCGCACAAGAAAAAUACCGAUGUCUACCCUCCAAGUUUCACGCAACGGACCAACCGCUGCACGCAGAUGCUCGCCGGAGUUAUCGUAGCGCCGUCUGGUCUGCAGCUAGCGUUCUGCGGUCGCAAGCCGGCGGGCACCUAUGUGCUUGAGUACGCUGUGAAAGGCUUUCCUGGAGCGCAUGGGUCUCGGCAUUUGUACAAUAUGCUUGGAGGCAAAGUGUACGAAGUCGACUACAUUUUCGCUCGGGAUCAGGAUUCGACAAAACAGGUUAACGAGGGCUACCUUACGCUCAAGGUGCCGAGCAAAGACUCUUCCCACGAUGACACAGUUUUCUUGAUCCCCAGAAAAGAACAAGAGGCUAUUGCGCAAGCGCUCGAUUGCCUUCCAUGGAACCAUUUGUCGUGGAGUAUACAUCGUGGCAUGCGCGAUAUUCUUUUAGCGUACUCAAAAGCUACCAUGGACCGAUUUAGAUCUCAGCUGGCUGCUCUUCUAAAGCGGACCGUGGCAGAGAAUCAACAUUUGCUCGAGCGCAAAGGUUGGGAGAGUAGCUUCGUUCGCAACAGCAUGGGUGAAAUGGCGGCCUCGGCGAUUCUUCUCGGAAAGGGAAAUUCUGGUGACCUUGUACGUGUCGUAACAGACAUCAUGCGUGCGCUGGUCGACGAUUGGAGCAUGGACCACCUGGACGAGACGCACUUCUGGCGAUUGGCAGAUCAAGAUAAGGAGCUCGACUUACCGGGAGCUGUCGCGCUGACCAAAGUGUUCAUUGUCGAGUGGAGUAACGAGUUUGACUAUCAGAUGUACCAUGACUUACCCGUCAACCUAAAGUUUGCAUGA